AUGGUCGUACAAGACGACCAAGCCGCGCGCGCGCCCACGAAGCCCGAGGACGAGCACACGACCUUCGGUGCCCCUUCCCCCACGUCGCAGAACCGCAACUCCACCGGCAGCCGCGUCCUGGGCAUGACGGGCCCCUCCGGAGAGGCCGGACUCCCACCGUCGCGCCCUUCGUCCAUCGCAAUAUCUCAGUCCGGCAGCAAUCGAAGAUGGUCCCGGGAACCGCCGUCGCGGCGCGGCGGAGGAGGCGUGCUGCCCAGCGCAGGGACGGCCAGUGUAGCCGGCAGCAUGGGGGCACAGAGCCGGCCGACGACAGCGGCAAGCAGAACCCACGUUCCACUCGCCGCGCACGGCUUCUUCCGCCCGAUGAGCUCGCAGCGCCUGCAGCAACAGCGCAACCAGCGCCCGACGUCGCUUCUCGGCCACAGCUCGCUCUACUCGGAAGGCACGAGUGAGAUCGGGGGAAACCCCUACCGCCAGAGCAUUGGCUCAAACCAGACAGUGCGCACCCAGCAACAACAGCCCCUCGGCCUGGGACUCUCCCAUUCUCACGACCCUGACCAGCAACUUCCACCAUCCCGCGGCACCGACAUAACCGACCGCGACCUUCCGGACCGCACCACAGCGAAUAGUACCCCCACCGGCGCAGAAACCGUCCGGAGCCGUGGCGAGAGCAUCACCCCGUUGCAUCGUCCCAAGCCUCAGCAUCUCGAUCUGUCCAAGUCUCACAAGGGCGAAUCUGGCAAGCUGCCCACCCCCAGCCGGUCACCACGUUCAUUCAGCGCUAGUUUCGGGCUUUCUGGAAGCCGCGAAGGUCGAUCGCAGAUGCGACCACAGACAGGCCACGAGAAACUGGCUUCCGCCGAAUCGUCUCCGAGAAUGUCCCGGAAAGAACCUACCAAAGAGACUGUGAAGAACGAGCUAGGCAAGAACUAUCAGUACUUUUCCGGCAACACCGCUUUCUGCUGGGGAGGACGUCUACAAAACACCCGCGACCGGCCAGUGAACAUUGCGACCGGGACUUUAAUUGUCAUACCUUCAGCGCUCUUUUUGGGCUUUUCUGCACCGUGGCUGUGGCUUCAUAUUUCUCCUUCGAUACCCAUCAUCUUUGCUUAUUUGUUCAUGGUCUGCAUUUCCUCGUUCAUUCAUGCCACUGCGUCAGAUCCCGGGAUACUUCCUCGCAAUCUGCACCCGUUUCCGCCACCUAAUCCUAAUGAUGACCCGCUCAGCGUUGGCCCUCCGACAACGGAGUGGACUAUGGUCGUAUCGACCUCCGGCGCCAACGCAGCCAUGGAAGUCCCCACCAAAUAUUGUAAGAGCUGCAACAUCUGGAGGCCGCCGCGUGCCCACCACUGUCGAGUCUGCGACAAUUGCGUGGAAACACAAGAUCAUCACUGCGUCUGGCUGAAUAACUGCAUUGGUCGACGAAACUACCGCUACUUCUUCACCUUUGUCACUUCUGCAACUCUUCUGGGAGUUUAUCUGCUAGCAGCAAGCUUAGUCCACAUCUUGGAGUGGCGCUCUCAGAACGGCGUUUCGUUCGGAGCGGCCAUCUCCAAGUGGCGCAUUCCUUUCGCAAUGUGCAUUUACGCACUUCUUGCCACUCCUUAUCCCUUGAGCUUGGGUCUAUAUCACGUCUUCCUCAUGGGCAGAGGAGAGACGACACGCGAGUACUUGAACUCGCACAAAUUCCUCAAAAAAGACCGACACCGGCCUUUUACACAGGGCAGCAUCAUCAAAAAUCUGAUUGCGGUCUUGCAGCGACCCAAACCACCGACUUAUCUGCACUUCAAGCGCAAGUAUGAGGAAGGCGAUCAGAGGUUUGGCCCGCGCAGGGGUAAACGGACAGCCCCUCUGACAGCUGAGCAACAAGGUGGCGGGCUGGAAAUGCACGAUGUCCGUACCGCGACACAGGGUUUCCAGGGCCCAGCAAGCAGAGCAGGGCAUGACGAAGCUGGCCCGCCGACACUGUAG